AUGGAUGAUUUCAAACUAAGAGCUGGUGAAAAAAUUGGAGCUUUGCAUGAUGCCGCUUUGGGUGUAGCAAAUAACAGCAAAAUCAAAAUCAAUGAUGCCGUAGAUAAAACUGUUGAGGCUGUUAAUAAGAUCCGAGAGGUUGUUUUAGAGCUGUGGCAGCAUGAGUUAGUAUUAGAAGGCAGGGCUCGAGCGGCGGCCUGGGCGGCCGAGGCGGUGCGUCGGAUCAGGGAAGGCGCUCUGCCCCUCUCACCAGCGGUGCUAUACCAAGAACUGGUUGAUCUAUUCAAGGAUAGAGUAUGGCGUCGCAGCAUGGUGAUCUUCGUAUGUGGUGCUGCGUUAGGUGGGGGCGCAGGCCUGAUGGUAGGGCUCCGGGCCGGCACCCGCGCCCCUCUCGGGCCUCACGCCAGGGCGCUACACACACAAAGCGACCAGACUGUACUCCUGGUCGAAGAUGCUGUGUCUCCAGGAGUGUCAGCGGGGGAGGUGCUAGUCCGUGUUCAGUCGUUCAGCGUGUGUCCCGUGGACCGCGCCGUGCUACGCGGCCGGGGAUCCGCCUUGCGAGCUCUGCUGGGGACCGGGCCCGUCACUGUGGGACGAGGCUUCGCGGGAGUUGUGCUGGACGUGGGUCAAGGGGUCAAUGACCUGGAGCUGGGAGACGAGGUGUGGGGCGUGGUCAGUGAGUGGAGUGGGGGCGGCGCUAGUGAACUACUGGCUAUUAGGAGGAGUCGUGUGAGCCGUUCCCCGCGCGGCGUGUCUCCCCCCCACGCGGCCGCCCUCCCCUGGGGGGGCACGCGGGCCUUGAAGGCGCUGGGAAAAUAUGAUGUGAAGGGCAAGAGAGUAUGUGUGGUAGGAGGCAACACGUCCGCCUCAUGUCUGUUCGUACAGCUCCUGUGUGGUCGAGGAGCGAGGGUGUGUGUCGCUGAACACGUGAAGGCACAUCCAACUAUGAAGGCACUCGGUGCGCACGAGUUCAUCGACCUUUCGUCGGAGGCGUGGUGGGUGUCCCUGGAGAAGGCGGCGUCGCGGGCCGCGCUCUGGGACACGCUCGUACUGGGAGACACCGCGCCUAACAUACCGUAUAAGGGACUUGUCAAAUCUUCAAGUCGCCUGUGUUCCAUCUCGCUCCGCCCCCCCUCCCUGUGGACGGACCGCCUCCCCUCGCCCCUCUGGCCGGCCUUCUGUGUCGCCUUCAUGAUGUACAGGCUGCUCAGGUGGUCAGUUGGUCUCGGUUGGCACACUGACUGGUUGGAAGAUGGUCAUCAGAGUGAACAACUCGAGCUAUUGAGGGAAAUGGUCGACGAAGGACAAUUGGCACCUGUACUAGACAAGGUAUACAUGCCUCACGAUUUCGAAGCGGCGCUCGCACAUGCGUGUAGCGAUGAAGCGGUCGGAACGACAGUCAUACGAUUCCCAUGA